UCCUCCCUGAGGGUGAUUCUUGGUGAAUAUUCCCUCUGAUAAUUAUGCAAGAUUUAGGUGUUUAAGGAAUGCAGCAAUAAAUAUAUGUUAUUCAUAGAACUUUACAUACACUAUAGUCCAAAUUCACUGUCUUAUUAGCCAUGUAGUUAAAAUGCCUUCAUGGUUGUAGAACAAUAAAGAGGAUCAUGACAAUGUGAGAAUAACUUCGGCAGGUGCAAAACCAUGUCUCUGAAAUCGUUUCUGGGAUAAAAGUGUGUUUUUAAAUUAUGUAACUCUGCACAUGUCAUGCACAUAGGAGGACAGGAAUAGCGCCCAGAUCACACUGAGCUCUGGAGAGCGGGGCCGCGCCCCUUCUUCCCGUCCGGGAGGCAGCAGCCGAGGACACGGGGCGUCAUUAUCACUCCUGCUGCAGACAGCAGUCAUCCGAGUCGAACGCAGCCUGUGUCGUUUUCUUAAAGAUAUUCUACAUAACUCCUUUAAUAUAUUGUUGUUUUAUUAUAGUUACAUCUCUGAACGUGAGAUUAACCCAUUUCACAAGAUUUUAAGUGCACACUCUGUCAUUGUUCACUGGAGGUACCAUGUUGCACAGCAGAUACUGGCAGGUUUUCAUUGUGCUUACCUGGGACUUUAUGUGCAUUAAUAAACAACCACCCAUUAACCCUCCCAGCUCCUAGCAGUCUCCCUUCCACUCUCUGCUUCUAGGAGGUCGAUCAUUUCAGAUCGCACAGGUAAGCGGGUCCUGCGGAUUUGUCCUGUGACGGCUCUACUUCUCCUAGCAUAGCGUCCUCCCUUCAUCCUCUCAGCUAUUGCGGAAUUUCCUUCUUCCCUCAGGCUGGGUAGUAUUGCACAGUGUGUGCACACCACAUUUUCUUCAUCCUCUCGUCCUUCAGUGGACACUUUGCUUGUUUGCACAUCUUGGUUAUUGUGAAUAUGCAGUGAUGACUAUGGGAGUUCCAAUUUCUCUUUGACAACCUGAUUUUAAUUUCUUGCACAAAUACUCAGAAAUGGGACUGUUGGGUCAGUUGGUCGUUCUUCACUUAACUUUUUGAAGAACAUUCAUGGUCUCUUUUAGAGAGGCUGCACCAUUUUGAUUUCCCAACUACAGUGUAUUAGGGCUCUAAUUUCUCCUCAUCCUGAGCACACAGUUAUCUUUUGUUUUUGCAAAUAGCCACUAUGACAGAUGUGUGGUGAGACUUCACUGGAGUUUUGAUUUGUAUUUCCUACCAGAUUAGUGGCCUUGAGCAUAUUUGUAUAUACUUCUCAGUUAUUUGUAUUUCUUCUUUGCAGAAAUGUCCAUUCAAGGCUUUAGCCCUUUUUAAAAUUUGGCUACUGGUUUCUCGAUUUUGUAGGUAUUUUUUUCUUUCUGUUAAGUUGUAGAAAUUAAUUUCAUUCCGAUUUCAGCAUCUCUUAUGCUCAAGAUAUUGUGUCCUUCAGUUUUUAUUUUACAUAUGUCCUUUAUAUAUCAAUAUAUAUCAUGAAUUUUGCUUCAUGACUAAUGGUUUUAUAUAACUAGUAAAUUAACAAAUGCAUGAAUAAUCAAUCAGAAAUUAGUAACAUUUCAGUUGCCAUUCUAUACUAUUUUGGCUCAUGUUAGUAUUUCACGCAUCACUGUUUAAGGACACAGAGAUAUUGUUUAACAAUUUCUAGGAUAGAAACCAUUGUAUUUUUCCUCUUAUCAUGCCCACAAAUGAAUCUUUCUACUAAAAUAAUAUUGAGCCAAUAUUGCAUCCAGUAAAUCCAAUUUGCACAUGACAUAGUUUCCUUCCAGUUUGUGCUGUGAUUUGUGCAUCCUCACUUUAUUAAGAUCUUGAAGGCUUUAUUCUUAUUUGAUAUUGACCUACACAGUGAAUAUUUGCAGGGAAAUGAAAACUUGUUUUGAUCAGAAUUGUAACAUAAAUUACUAAUGAUGUAAAGUGAACUGCCGGAAUGUAAAAUCAAAUGGAACGGCAGGCAAGCAGAUCUAAGUGUAGGUGUGGAUUGUAUGGAAGCAGGGCGGGCGAGGGUUGUCAGCACAGCACAGCCAUCAGGAUGCUGUCCCUGCAGCCAGCCCGGCCAGGUCCAAGACUCCAGUCUGACUCGAAGUAGGUUGUGACAUCAGAUCGUCUCUGUAUCUCACUUUUACUUCUCUUUACAGACAAGUAAUGUUCCUGAAACAUCAUGGAGUUAGGAAAAUCAAAGAAGCUACCGAAUAUGGCAUUUAGCAGUGAGUAAUAUAUGCUGUACAUGCUACUCAAAGUUUAUACAUUCUGCUCUAAGAAGUCUCUUAGGAAAACACAAUUUAAGUAAAUAUUUCUCGUUUCAGGGAAUACGAGCAAUGUAGUCCACAUCUCCUGUUCCCUCACAGAACGAUUUGCUCUUGACACCAAUGUCGGUACCUGGGUCCUGGCAGAAUGGCCUGCAGGGACUUGGCGUAGCAGUGUUCAACUCAUCUCAGAAUGUGGUUGGGAUCCUAGGGAAUUUCUCUCUUAGUCACCAUCACACCUUCUUUUACUUAACCGGGAGUCGUUUGAGGAGCACAGCUUAGACCGCCAGGCACCUGAUUACAGAGCAAGCUCUUGCCCAUUCUCUGUCAUUGCAGACGUCUGCAGGGCACACCUCUGUGUGCAGCACCAACACUCCGGCAAAGUGUUGGUUGAUGCGUGCUUUUAAUGACUUGGAUUCAAAUUUGUUUCCUAUUCUCACAGAGUUGGCAGGGUAUCAUCACGAUGCCACCUGUUUUCGACUGUCUCAAGCCGUCACGAUGAGCCGAAGGAACUCCAGGGGAUACGCCACGACUCACCGAAACUCCACAAGUGACACACGUCUUCCUGCAACACAUGGACCAGGCGACUGAGUGUUGUCAGGACCCAGAAGCCUCCUUCAGCCCCCAAGUCACUGCCCCAAGGACCGCAGUUGUGUUGGGCAUAUUUGAGGACCGGAACCUGUUGAGACAUAGGUUUCCGUCUAUGGCGAUAUUGAUGAGGUAGGCGACUUUUGCCUGUGUCCUUACACAGGUGAGUUCGACAGGAAUUCUUUCGUAUCUCACUCUUACCUACACUCCCUAAGGCAUGUUUUCCGAAGGCAUCUUUAUUGCUAUACGUGCUUGGUGGUGUUCAUUGGCAUUGCUUUACAGGAUCCCACUGGCGAAAUAUCAAGCAGGUGACAGAGUCAUCCUACUGCUGAUACGCAUGUGGCCCUUUGCAUUUGGGGAUAUUACGAGUCACCACCUCAUUCCUAGAAGUGACAGUCCAUGAAAUACAUCGGAAACUCCUCUUAUCUCCUUCUGCUCCUUAAAGAUUCUGGCAAGGCCACCAGAACAGACCACCAAAGUCAUUCUUGGUCUCAAAACUCUACAAUGAGCCUCUGAUCGGACGAAGGGUUGUUGCUACAAUUUGAAGAAAAACAUGUUGAAUGACAGAAUAACCCCCCAAGACUUGGCAAUAGGAAUGAUAUUCUUGUCCCUGACUAUGGUUGGAAUCCUGGGCAAUUGCUCUCUUCUUUACCAUUAUCUCUUCCUCUCCUGCACUGGACGCAGGUUGAGGAGCACAGACUUGAUUCUCACGCACCUGACUAUAGCCAACUCCUUGGUGCUUCUCACUAAAGCAGUUCCUCAGACAAUGGUAGCAUUUGGGUGGAAAGAUUUCUUUAACGAUGUUAAAUGCCACCUUUUCUUCUAUGUCCAGAGAGUGGGCAGGGGAGUGUCCAUUGGCACCAUCUGUCUCCUGAGUGUCUUCCAGGCCAUCACAAUCAGCCCCGUGAACUCCAUGUGGAAGGAUCUUAAGGUAAAAGCUACAAAGUAUGUUGGUGUCUUUAUUUCCUUUUGUUGGACCUUCUACUUGGUGGUAAAUGCUUUUUUCCCUAUGUAUGGGAUUUUUGGUUCGGGCAAACAGGGCAGCAAAAACAUCACAAAGAAAAGAGAUUUGGGAUACUGUUCUGUGGUGGACGACGAGAAAAUCAGUGGCUCAGUCUAUGCAGCAUUAAUAGCGUUUCCUGAAGUUUCAUCCUCUGUGGCCAUAAUCUGGGCCAGCGCUUCUAUGAUCUUCAUCCUGUACAGGCACAAGCAGCGGGUCCAGCACAUUCGCAGAAGCAAUGUCUCCCCCAGAGUCUGCCCUGAGUCUAGAGCCGCCAAGAGCAUCCUCGUCCUGGCCAGCACCUUUCUGUCCUUCCACACACUCUCCUCCCUCUGUCAGGUUGCCAUUGCUCUUUUGCACGGUCUCAGUUGGUGGUUGGUGAAGAUCAAUGACCUGGUUUCUGUGUGUUUCCCAACUGUCAGCCCUUUCCUGGUAGUGAGCCAUGAUCUCACUGAGUCCAGGCUCUGCUUCAUCUGGGUAAGAAAAAAAAAAAUCUCCAAAUCUUAGCAGAAAUGUGAACACUGCAUGCUUUUCAAAAUGACCAUGGUUUAUUCACUCAUCACCCUCAAAUAAUGCAUGGAAAACGUAGGGAGGAGCCGCAGGGCUACUGAGGCUGACCCUGGCGGCUUGAGGUUUCCUCCUGCCCGAGGGGAGCGCCCGCGUGGCGCAGGGGCGUCAGCAAGCAGGACGGCUGAACCGGGCCGCGCAGCAUCUGUGCACACUCGGCUCAGCCGCCCGUGCUGGAAGCAAACCCGGUGCUUUCGGCCCCGUCUCCUGCGCCUGACAAGCCCGAGUGUUGUCUAAGUGGUGAACUGACGGGAAAACCCACUUCUGCCACAGAAAGACCAGGUUCUUUGAGAAGCUCAACUCGAAAGAAAAGUGAGGCGUAUGUGCCAGUUUCUUCUCCUCAGGAAGUAAAGAAAUAACGGAAAAUUCCUUUGCAAAGAGGUGAGUGAGUGCUAUCCUCUGACAAAGUCCAAAUCCACUUAAAAUCAGAACCUCCAACUCAGGAGAGUGAGACCACCUUUGGCCAGUCCCAGGGAAGGUCCUAGGCUUGGGCAUGUUCCGAGGACAUGGAGGAGCCCCCUGAGGAGGAUCCACACCCAGGCAGGCCCUGGGGACCCUCCUGAGCCUGCAGGGCUCCCCUAGCCCGAGUGCAGGACAGUCCCGCACCAGCAGGUACAGGGCCCCCCUGACAGCCAGAGCCCCCUCUUCUCUGUGGUCCCCUCCCUCCUGUCCUGUCGGCCCAGGGCUCGCCGGGGGCCUGCGUUGCA